CCACACACGGCCUAUGACAAACACGUUUGCUCUGUCUUCAAUAGCGACGUAAGUGAGCGAGUGAGCCGCGGUACAAUACUUACUCAGUUUGCAGUUGAUGCCUACGACAGGCUCGCUUCGAUUAGCUCUUGCAGUUGCAACUGUGAGGUGCUUUGCAAUCUAUCGCCGGCCCCCCUCACCCUCACGGUUCUACGAAGUCAUGUUGUUUACUCUUGACUGUGAGAAGUUAUCAGCGUACCCGUCAACAUCGUCGAUCAACAAUUGGCCCGGAGAGUUUAACACUAGUGCCAUUGGCGACCCCUCGUCAACAAGGAUUUUGCUAGCACCUCAGCUCAACCAUGUACCUUUGUCCCCUUAUGAUGUGAGAAAAUGGUCCAGAUAUUAAAUCCAAUCUCGGAGCGGUAGAGCAGUAAUCUAUCCCUCAAUGUUUCCGUCCGAAUAUGUUCCCGCCGGUCCACAAGGGUAGCUUAUAAUAACUGAGACGGC